UGUAUUGUGGUAUACAGAUUAUAUUUUCGAAUCCUUUAACCAAAAUUUCAGUGUUCAGAUAAAAGUAAAAAAAAUUUGGAUCGGCACUUAUUCUUCAGAAUCGUUUGGUUGUUAGGUAUUGGGAUUAAUAGCUCGCGUAUUUAUUUUUGGCUGAAGCACAGAUGUCUGUUCGUAACUCACGCCUCCAGUUGAAUUCGUGGCCUGAGCGGGUUAGUCCGCAAAGGACAAUUGAAACUCCCACGGCAUCCGGAGAAAUGUUGACUCGUCGUCAAUCAGCACCAGCGUUGGUCGUGCCGCCGGAGGAGACCACGCACGUUGUGGUGGUCAAGCGGCAAUCCCCGGACGCAACCGCUGCCGGAGAACUGGUGCCGUCUAGGCGGAAGGACUCGGUGGCUGUGCAGUCGGGAAUUGUGGCCAAUGGGCCAUUGGACACAACACGCAGUGGUGCAAAAGACGACUUUCUAAUGGCAUUGCUGGAGUGCCCGGUGUGCUUUGGCUACAUAAUGCCGCCAAUUAUGCAGUGCCCGCGUGGCCACCUCAUCUGCUCCACCUGCCGCUCGAAGCUGACCAUUUGCCCCGUCUGCCGGGUGUUCAUGACCAACAUCCGCAGCCUGGCAAUGGAGAAGGUGGCUUCCAAGCUGGUCUUUCCCUGCAAGCAUUCGCAUUUCGGCUGCAGAGCGCGGCUUUCUUACGCAGAGAAGAUCGAGCACGAGGAGGACUGCGACUGCCGUCCGUACUUCUGCCCGUAUCCGGAUGACAAGUGCUCCUGGCAGGGACCGUUGAGGGACGUAUACCAGCACUUGAUGAACUCGCACGAGAACGUAAUCACCAUGGAGGGCAACGACAUCAUCUUCUUGGCCACCAAUGUGAAUCUGGAGGGUGCCCUCGACUGGACAAUGGUGCAGUCCUGCCAUGGGCGGCACUUCCUCCUCUCGCUGGAGAAGGUCAAUUUGGGUGAGGGCUGUCAGCAGUACUUCACCGCCUGCCGUAUGAUCGGCUCCAUGAAGGAUGCCGCCGAGUUUGUGUAUAAUAUCUCCUUGGAUGCCUAUAAUCGCACUCUCCGCUGGCAAUCCAAGCCGAGAUCAAUCCGUGAGAACUUUUCCUUGUUCACCAACGCCGACUUCCUGGUGCUCAACAAGCACACCGUCGAACUGUUCUCCGAGGAUGGUAAUCUCGCCUUGAACGUGGUCAUUAGGAAGGUGCACGAGCAUACCAACUAACCACUAGCGUAUCCGUAUCUCUGCCCCCCUACAAAUUGGACGUCGCUGAUUGGUAGCUGUUAGCGUGUUUAGAUAAGUGCAUAUUGAAUUGAUACAUGUGCUAGCCAUAUGAAUUCCCAGGAACCACUCAUGAUCUCCGUGAUUCAAAAGAGUUGUGUUGAUGGUUUUAGGAAUUACAUUUGGCAAAGAAUAAAGGAUUGA